GGGGGGGGGGCGGGGGGGGGGGGGGGGGGGGGGGAGGCAGCGCGCAGUUCUCGCGUCAUUUGGUUUGGAGCCGCGGGUGCGCGCGCGGGAGCGGGGCUGCCGGGAGCGCGGUCGGGCCCGGGGCUGAGGCGGCGGCGACGCUCGCAUCGCCACCUUGCUAAGACGCUGGACGCUGCUUUCUUUCCAGCAAGGAAAAUCUGAAUUCCUCCAACACUCAGGAUGGGGAAAGAUUACUAUUCUAUCCUGGGAAUUGAAAAAGGGGCUUCUGACGAGGAUAUCAAAAAGGCUUACAGAAAACAAGCACUGAAAUGGCAUCCAGAUAAGAACAAAUCUCCCCAUGCAGAAGAAAAAUUCAAAGAGGUCGCAGAAGCUUAUGAAGUGCUGAGUGAUCCCAAAAAGAGAGAUAUUUAUGAUCAGUUUGGGGAGGAAGGCCUUAAAGGGGGAGCUGGAGGAUCUGAUGGCCAGGGUGGUACCUUCCGGUACUCCUUCCAUGGAGACCCACACGCUACAUUUGCAGCUUUCUUUGGUGGCACAAAUCCUUUUGAGAUCUUCUUUGGGAGGAGGAUGCCUGGUGGCAGAGACACUGAAGACAUGGAGGUGGAUGGUGAUCCAUUUGGAUCCUUCACUAGUUUUAGUAUGAAUGGUUUUCCGAGGGAAAGGAAUACAGUUGGCAGCCAGUUACGUCGUAAACAAGAUCCCCCUGUAAUCCAUGAACUUAAAGUGUCACUGGAAGAGAUCUAUCAUGGCUGCACAAAAAGAAUGAGGAUUUCACGUAAAAGGCUUAACCCAGAUGGUAGAAGCGUCCGAACAGAGGACAAAAUCCUUACUAUUGAGAUAAAAAGAGGAUGGAAAGAAGGCACCAAGAUCACUUUUCCAAAAGAAGGCGAUGAAACACCCAACACAAUUCCAGCUGAUAUUGUUUUUAUCAUUAAAGAUAAACCUCACUCUCAUUUCAAGAGAGAUGGAUCAAAUAUUGUCUAUCCUGUAAAGAUCAGCUUAAGGGAGGCUUUGUGUGGCAGCUCUUUCAAUGUGCCAACGAUAGAAGGAAGAACCAUACCCAUGACAGUCAAUGAAGUGGUAAAGCCUGGGAUGAGAAGAAGAAUUAUAGGAUAUGGUUUGCCAUUUCCCAAAAAUCCUGACCAACGGGGAGACUUAAUUAUAGAGUUUGAAGUAAUUUUCCCAGAUAACAUUUCUCCAGCAUCAAAAGAAGUACUUAGGCGAAAUCUUCCAGUAUCAUAAAAUGGGAGACUGUAUGUCAACAGAUUAAAAUAGGACACUGGAAAUGCAGAAGACUGGCGAGUCUGCUUUAAAAGUGCAAUCUGUAACACCUAGUGGAAUCUUUGUUUUUUUUGUUUUGUGGGAUGGGUGGGGGGAAAAUACUGUAAUGCUGCAUGAGAAGAAAAGGGUUUAAGUAAAGUCAUACAGGUGAAUUCUGCAGUUAAAAUUACAGGGAAAACCACUCAUUUUGUUUUACAUCUUCCUAAUCAGCAAUGUUUAGUCGUUAUUUUGCUUAAUAUAAUUACAGUAAUUUUUUUUACCAAGUCAGUGCAUAUUUCUGAUACAGUACUUGAGCCUCCAAGUACGUUAUUUCUUAUAUCUUCACUGUGUCUAUAACAUUACACAUUUAUACAGAAAUUUGAGAUCGUAGUAGAUACACACAUUUUAAAGAGCACAUGAGAGAGGUCAUUUCAGUAUGUUGCCUUCCACUGCACAAAGCAUAGGCCAGAAAAAUCAGCUUGGACUCCUGACCAGCCCCCUGUGCAAUGAAAGCCUUCUCUUUAUUGCAGCCAGAAGUUUCAGGACUGCAUUGUGAGUGUGGCAAAGGGCAUGUGGCCUGAGGAGCCAGAGUAGCCAUUUGCUGUGGGAUAGUUCCUCAGCCUUCAGGCAGAAUAGCAAGAAAGGGUUCUUCAAGGACAUGAACAGCAAAGAUGAGCCUGCUGUCAAAUGGGGCAGGGAAGCUGGUGACCGAUGGCGUGGAGAAGGCUGAGGUACUCUGUGCUGCCUUUGCAUCAGUCACUGCCAGUAAAACGAGCAUGCAGGAAUUCCAGGCCUCUGAGACUAGUGGGGAAAUCUGGUACCUUGGUGGUCAAGGAUUGGGUUAGGGUGCACUUUACCUGGAAUUCUGUGAGUGACAGAUUGCACUCAAGUGUUGAGGGAGCUGGCUAAUGCCAUUGCAGGGCCAGUCUUGUUUAUCUUGGAAUGGCCAGGGAGAUUAAGAGAUGUUCUAGGAGGCUAGAAAAGAGAAAAUACCAUUCUUCAAGAAAACCAAGAAGGAAGAUUUGGGAAUCUACAGGCUAAUCAGCCUCAUCUAAGCCCUUGGUAAUGUGAUGGAAAAGAAUCCUGGAAAGCAUUUCUAAAAGGCGGUUGGGGUAGUCAGCAUAGAUGUACAACAGGGAAAUCUUGCUUGACCAGUCCUACUGCCAUCUACAAUGAGCUUUGGGGAUGCUGGGAGAACAGUCUGUGGUGUUUACCAUUUACAUCAGUAGACAGACUGGUGAAGUACAGGUUAGAUAAGUGGAAGGUGAGAUGGAUUAAAAGGUGGCUGAAUGAGGGGGCACAGGAGAUUUAAUCAGUGGCACAAAAUCCAGUUGGAGGCAACUCAAUAGUGGUGUACCCUCUGGCUGAGUACUUGGAGUUUACAAUCCAUAUAAACUGGGAGGAGUAGCUAGUGCCACCAGCUGAUGGUACUGCCUUUCAGAGGGGCCCCAACAGGAUGAAGAACUGGACACAGGAUUCUCACCAAGUUCAGUAAGGGGGAAUGCUCCACUGAGGAGUAACUGACCAGCAAACUGACUGAGCUGGCAAUGCAACCUUGUGGCAACAGAGGCCAAAGCUUUGCUAGCAGGUGAUGGGAGGUAAUCCUUCCUCGUUACUCAUCACUGAUGAGGAUCCAUCUGGAGUGCUGGACUCCCUGGUACUUGAAGGAUAUACACUUAGUGGAGCAGCUCUAGCACAGGAGCAUGUACGAGAGGCUGAGAGAGCUGCAACUUGCGGUUGUGGGGAAGAAAAGACUUGGGGGUGAUCUUGGCACCUGGCAGGAGGGAAUGAAGAUGGAGGAGCCAUCCUCUUCUCAGUAGCUUUAAGUGACAGGACUAAAUGGACGCAAGUUAGUUAGGGGUUCCAUCUGAACACAAGGAAACAGCUUUUUACUGAGAGGAUGAUCAAACACUGAAACAAGUUUCCUAGAGAGUUUAAGGAGUUGCUAUCCCUGGAUACUCAUAGCCUGACUGUACAUGUGCAGGGCAGCCUGCUCCAGCUGACCAUGUGUGACCAGGGGUAUUGGACUACAUGAUGCCAGGAGGUUUCUUGUAAGCAAAAGGAUUCAUUGAACUUGGGCUUGGCAUUUUUUGCUAUGGGCCAUGUUCUGUAAAUGAGACUUAGCUGGUGCUCAUGUGACAAUUCCCUACGGAGCAGGUCUGUGCUGGGUUGGAAAGAUGCACAAAGAACCCUGUAAAAGCAUUUGGCUAGGGCAGGUAUUUCAAGAUCAUGCUGAUCUCAAGUAUUCAUUAUUUUCAAAGGCCAAACUUUACUCCCAUGAAGAAAAAAAAGAGCUAGCUAGCUGUGUUGCUAAACAAAGUUUGUUUAAGAGUCAGUGUGGGAUAGGGGUUCCCCAGAAAUUUUCGUAUGCUUGAAUUGAGUUUUUUAAAAUUCAAAUAUGAGUCAGUUGUCUUUACAGUUCAAAGGUGCAUAGAGCGACGGAGAGCCCUCUGUAAUAGUCUAGUUUUGUAAUACAGAAAUAGGGCUGGUUCCCUUGGUUGCAGCAUGGAUUGGUGGAAGAAAUGCCUUGUGGGCAUGCUUUAUUACUUGAGUUUAAAAACCAUAAUACAGUGCUUUAACAACACUUUCAAAGGGUUUGGGGUUUUUUUUUGUUGUUGUUUUGCAUAACAAAAUAUUUCAAGAUUUGCUGUCAGCCUUUUGCCUGUGGAGAUACAGAGGUUACCUGCUCUGUUAGGUAGCCUAGGAAAUAGCAGUGUUGUAUAUGUGACUGCAGAAAAGUAAAUCGUAUGGAAGUUGGGAUUUAAUUUACAAUAAUUUUUACAUGAUUGUAAGAAGAAUCCCAUUUCUUUUACUUAAAAGAGUAGAAUUUCUGUGGGGUAUUGUUCAAGUCAAUUUUUCAACUGCAGAUCUCUUCAUGCAGUAUCAGUUAAUUGUAGUCCUAAAUCUACAGGAAGUAAACAAUUGCUGGAGCAGUAUUACAAAGAAAAAAAAUUGCUGCUUAGUGCUUCUGCAUAUUGUUAAUACUAUAUAUUGUUUGUUGAAAAAAAAUUUCCAUUUCAGUAUGUUCCGUAUUGCAUUUCUUAUGUGGUUUUUAAGUAAAAAGUGUAAAGUUGGUUUUUAACUUUCUCUUCUAUUUUGUUAUGAUGGCAAAUGCUACAAGCUACAUGACUUUAAAGCAUAUCAACCUAAAAUACCUAUUUGUCCAUUUAAAAGCUAAUGGAAUCAAGCAUUUUGUAAUACAGGAUCUUGUAACCAUAUCCAACUUGUAAAAAAAAAUGUUACAGCAACUAAGACUAUUUUUUUGUAACCAUCUUCAGGUAAGAGGAGUAGUGUUAAAUUGAGAAUUUGCAGUAUCUUGUGUAUUUAGAGGUGUAUAUAUAUAUAUAUAUGUGUAUAGCAAACUAAACUUUUCCAACUGUUUUCAAGCUCAAAAUACAAAACUUAUAGAACUGGUAUGAAAUAAAUGCUUGUAUUUCUUUUCUUAUGGAUAGAUAAAAAGUAUAUGUUUCAGAAACCAGCAUGUAGAAUUACUUCAAAAUAUGAGAGGAAGCAUUAAUAUCUGUCUAAUCCAGGAUUCACAAAAAAUAUUUUUCUAAUCAAAAUGUGCUUAAAAGCUAUGUUUUAAAACCCACUUGAUUAUUUAAUAAAGCUACUUGGGAGAAGGAAGCAAAUAUUCAGUCAACUACUAUAUUUGUAACUACCGAAAUACAUUAAAAUAAAAUGGUCAUUCAUGAAA